GUUGCUUGUUACUUGUAAAGUUAUAAUAAAUAAUAUAAAUUGUAACAUCUACCUAUAAUCUUCCAUUUACCUGCAUGUUAAAGUUUAAUGUUCAUUUGACAUUUCGUUUAAUAUAUUACAAUUUAGCACCAAAAACCAUUAAAAAUAUUAUUUCAAGCAUGUCUAAUAAUCCAGUUAUUAAUUUAUUUGACGAUCCAAGUAAAAAGUUUAUUAAAGUAUGUGCACCAAUGGUCCGUUAUAGCAAACUACAAUUUCGGAAGUUGAUUCGUAUGUAUGAAUGUGAUUUAUGUUUCACACCAAUGAUAAUGGCAGAUUCUUAUGUUAAGUCAGCAAAGGCUAGGGCACAUGAAUUCCAAACUGAUACAGACGAUAGACCACUUAUUGUACAAUUUGGUGCCAAUAAUUCAUCUGAUUUUGUAAAUGCUUCUAAUUUGAUCAUUCCAUAUUGCGAUGGAGUUGAUUUGAAUUGUGGCUGUCCACAAAGAUGGGCUCUAAAUGAUGGAUAUGGAGCACAGUUGCUGAAAAAUCCAGAAAUUAUCAAAGAUUGUGUACGUCAAUUACGCAAUCACUUACCUGCUAACAAGACUAUAUCAGUUAAAUUAAGAUUACUUGAUAAUCAUAGAAAGAGUGUAGAUCUUUGUCAACAAAUUGAAGCUACUGGAGUGUCUUUUAUUACAGUUCAUGGACGAACAGUUUUUCAAAAAAAUGAAGCUAUUGACCAAGAAUGCUUGAAACUUAUAAAUGAAUCUGUUAGUGUUCCAGUAAUUUUAAAUGGUGAUAUCAAAAGUUUAUCAGAUGCUAUUACAAUGCAAGAAUAUACUGGUUGUAGAGGAAUGAUGAGUGCUAGAGGUAUAUUACACAACCCUGGCUUGUUUGCUGGCUAUCAAAAUACGCCUCUAUCAGCUGUUCAAGAUUGGCUAAAUAUCAAUCAUACUAAUUUCUUGUGGUUUCAUCAUCAUUUAGUAUUUAUGUGUGAAAAUUUGCUAACUAAAACUGCAAGAAAUACUUUCAAUCAGUUACGUAAAGCAUCAGAUGUAGUAUCAUUUUUAGAAGAUCAAUUUUAUAUACCAAAUGUACUUCCUAGUAAUAGAGUAUUAGGAAAGGAACCUGGUGGAACCAGUGGUGCAUAUUAUGAAAAUAUAGAUAUCAAGAAAACAGUUUCUUCUCAACCUGAAGAUAUUGUAGACAGUAUAAUCAAUUUAUUUGAUUGAAUAGAUGCAAAUUUUAUAAACAUUAGAAAAUUAUUAAA